UCCGACAUUUACCAUUGUUUACACAAAUCAUGCUGUUUUCUGUGUUUUCCCUCUAGUAGUCGUACCAAGCGUUUAAGUGAUUACGACGUAUAGUGUAUAAAUAUUAUUUUUUCAAGGAGACAAUAUCAUGUUGGCAUCAACAGUAAAGAAAUUUUGGACAGGACACAAUGGCGGAUUAAUGAGAUGUCUUGUCACACAACACAGGAACUACUCAAAUGAAGGUGACAAUGAUCUUGUGGUUAUUGGGUCUGGUCCAGGAGGAUAUGUAGCUGCCAUCAAAGCUGCUCAACUAGGAAUGAAGACAGUUUGUGUGGAGAAAAAUCCAACCCUUGGAGGCACUUGUCUUAAUGUAGGCUGCAUCCCUUCCAAAGCUCUGCUAAACAAUUCUCAUUUUUACCACCUAGCUACUUCAAAUGACCUUAAAAACAGAGGCAUUGAGUUUGAUGGCAUUCGUCUUAAUCUCCAAAAAUCAAUGGCAACAAAAGAAAAAGCUGUGAAAGGACUAACAGGAGGCAUUGCACAUCUAUUCAAACAAAACAAAGUCACAAGGAUAGAUGGAUUUGGAAAAAUUACAGGCCCAAAUGAAGUGACAGUUUCAAAGGCAGAUGGAAGUCAGGAAAAAAUUUCCACCAAAAAUAUCUUAAUUGCUACUGGAUCUGAAGUUACUCCAUUUCCUGGUAUAGAGAUAGAUGAGAAAACAAUAGUGUCAUCAACUGGUGCCCUUUCCUUGGAAAAAGUUCCAGAGAAAAUGGUGGUCAUUGGUGCAGGUGUUAUUGGAGUAGAACUUGGAUCAGUGUGGCAAAGAUAUGGAUCAGAUGUUACCUGUGUUGAGUUUUUAUCAAACAUAGGAGGCAUGGGAAUUGACUUGGAUGUUGCUAAAAACUUCCAACGAAUCCUUCAGAAACAAGGACUGAAAUUCAAAUUGGACACCAAGGUUACCAAUGCAACAAGAGUUGGGGACAAAAUCAAAGUGGCCAUUGAAAGUGUUAAAAAUCAAAAACAAGAUGAGUUGGAAUGUGAUGUUUUACUGGUUUGCAUUGGCCGAAGACCUUUCACAAGUAACAUUGGUUUAGAAGAAUUAGGAAUCCCAAAGGACAACAGAGGAAGAAUAGAAGUCAAUUCAAGAUUCCAAACCAUUGUUCCAAGUGUUUAUGCCAUAGGUGAUUGUAUACAAGGACCAAUGUUGGCACAUAAAGCAGAAGAUGAAGGUAUAAUCUGUGUUGAAGGAAUGAAUGGAGGUGCUGUCCAUAUUGAUUAUAAUUGUGUCCCAUCGGUCAUUUACACACAUCCAGAAGUGGCAUGGGUUGGCAAAACGGAAGAGCAACUUCAAGAAGAGGGGGUAGUAUACAAAAUUGGGAAGUUUCCCUUGGUGGCUAAUAGUCGUGCCAAAACCAAUGAUGAUACGGAUGGUUUUGUCAAAGUCUUGGCAGAUAAAGAAACAGACAAAUUGUUAGGAUGUCACUUUAUUGGAUCAGUGGCAGGAGAACUCAUUAAUGAAGCUGUAUUGGCAAUGGAAUAUGGAGCUUCCUGUGAAGACAUAGCUCGUGUUUGUCAUGCACAUCCAACUGUUUCGGAGGCACUUCGAGAAGCUAACUUGGCAGCCUAUGCAGGGAAAGCUAUUAACUGUUAAUGUGUAGCAUUUGCUAUAAAGUGUUGGUGAUAAUAUAGAAAUGUGGAUUUUAUAAAACUUUUCCCGAUUUUUUUAGUCCUAAAACAGCAAUUUUGGAAUCCUUGUUUUAGUUUUGUUUAUCGGAACAUUUGAAUAUUGGUGAUAACAGUGUGUGUAAAAUUGUAUGAUGCUGUCUGAAUUAUUAAAGGGGAAAAUAUUUUGAUUAGACAGGUAAAAGAAAUAAAAUGAAUCUCAUAAU